AUGGCGGCGCUGACGGUCGGGGCCAACCUAGGCGUUGCCUUGGCCACAACGCUGGGGGCAGACUCAGAUGAAGCCCUGCAAAUCGCUCUGGUUCAGCUCCUCUUCAAUGUCCUGGGUCUCGCGAUUUGGUUCCCGGUGCCAGCCAUGUGGAGAAUCCUGCUGAGAGCUCCGCAGGGCUUGGGCUUCUAUGCCGCCUUUUGGCGUGCGUGGCCGCCGCUCUACAUAGUGUCAGCCUUCCUGCUGCUGCCUGGAGCCCUGCUAGGAAUCUGCUUGCUCUUCAACGUGAGCAUAGCCGCAGGCGCGGUGGUGGCUGUGCUUGCGGCCUUGCUGGUUGUCGCCUUUCUGGUGUGGUGGAACCGUGGCGGCUGCUACAAGGUCGUCAGCCAAGAGCAACGGCAAGAGCGGCAUGCCGAUCUCCUAGCACAAGCGGGCAUCGGCAUCUGCAGCCCAGUUUCAUCGGCUUCAAUCGAGCCCCGCGACGACCGCUCAGAGGAUUCGUGCAGCAUCUACAGCUACAGGGGGUCUUUGGACCCGCUGCCGGGACAACGCCUGGGCAAGUCCUACAAGGCUCGGUGCUGCCUCUCCUUCCUUUGA